AUGAACGAAAAUAACAGUAAAAGCUUAGAAAAAAAGUUGACCUUAAAUGAUAAUAAAAAAGAAACAAAAAAUAUAGAUGAAAAAUCAUACGAAAAAUUAUAUAAAAAUAUGAAUGAUGAAUACUACAGACAAUUAAAUGAAAAAAAAAUAAUUAAGAAUUCUAAUGAGAAUUUUUGCAAAAAAUAUGAAGAAGAAAUAGUUAAAAAUUCCCAUGAACAUCUGAAUAAAUUAACAGAAGACAAUAUAUUAGGUGAUUCAAACGAAAAUACAUAUAAAAAAGUAAUAGAAAAUUUAAAUAUAAAUGAAAAUAUUUAUAAAGAAAUAGUGAAUGCCUUUGAUGAAAUUUUAAAUAGAAAAUCUUAUGAAAAUAAAUCUACCGAUAAUACACAUGAAAGUUUCAGUGAGAAGAUCAAUGUGAAUUUCUUUAAAUCGGAUGAGUUUUUAGAUGAUUUUAACAGAAAUUUUUCGGAACAAAAAUCUUCUACAUCUACACUUUCAUUGUUCUCAUCAAAUUCUGAUGAUUCUAGUAUAUUUGAAGAUAAAGAUAAUUUAAUAAACAUAUAUAUAGGUCAAAUAAAACUUUAUAAUAUUUUAAAUAAUUCUAAUUUUUAUGAAAAUGUUUUUUGUGUAUCAUAUUUUGCAUAUGAAGAUCCAAUGGAGACUUUUAGUUUAUUUCAAGGAAUAAAUUGGCUUCCUGAACUUAAAAAUAGAUGUACAUUUUUAAGUUCAGUUGAGUAUUUACCUAAAAAAAAUGUUAAAAUAAAUAGUGUUGAUGUUGGUAUAAAUAUUAAUCAAUACAUUAAUUUAAAAAAUAGAAAAAAUGAAUACUUAAAUAUUAUAUAUAAUGAUAUAAUAUAUGUUUUUAUUUCUAUUGUGGGAGUUAAUUUAAAAGAAUUUGAAAACUAUUAUUCCAAGAAAAUUUCUAAAAAAUAUCGUAAAGUAAAUUUUAAAGAUGAUUCGUUAUCCCAUAAAAUGGAAGAUAAUUCGCAUACAAUUCAUGAAGACAUAAAUAAUAAAAAAACGUUAGAUAUAAAUGAAAUACAUAUAAAAAAUAAUAAAAUACAUAAUGAAGAUAUGGGUGAAGAAGAAUUAAUUAAAGAAAUCAGAAGUGAAAUUGAGGAUAAAAUGAGAAUAAUAGGUAAUAAAAAAAUAAUUCAAGAAAAAGAUUAUAAAGAUUACCUUAAAAUUUUAGGUUCAUCUAUUAUUCCAAUUAGUAUAGAAGAUGAACAUGUUUUAGAAAAAAAAAGUAAUUGGAAUUUAGUAAACAUUAAAAAUAAUUAUAAUAGUUAUAAUGUAUAUUCCCAUAAUACUAUUAGAACUAUUUUAAAUAAUUAUUUAGAUGCCUUCAAAAUAAAUAAAAAAGUAGACCUGUUUCAUUUAAUUAAUGAAUAUGAAAAUGAAUUAAUACCCAUUGGUAAAAUUAAACUACUAAUUAAUGUAAAAAAUAAAACAAAUAUCUCUAUUCCUAAUAUUCUUAAUAAUAAAACUGAUGAUAUAAAAAGUGAUUCAAGUAAUGUGAAUAAAAUGAUAAACAGAAUUCUAAAUUACGAAAAAAUAAAUAAAAAUACAAAAAAAGACAAUAUUUCUGAUAAUGAUAUAAAUGAGAAAUAUCUAAAUAUUAACAAAGAUACGGAAAAAGAAACAAAUUCUUCUAGGUUGGAAAAUAAAGAAAGUAAUAUUUAUUUCAACAGAAUAUUUAAUUAUAUAGAAAAAAAUCUUAAUAAAAUUUAUGAUGAAGAAGAAGAAAAUAUAUUAAGAAACGAGUUAUUUAAGACUAUUUUUAGUAAAUUAGAACUAUCAAAAAAGAAAGAAAAAAAAUUAUUUCUAUUUAAUGAAAUUGUAUGUUCCCAUUUAAUUGUAUUUGUUCAUUAUAUAUCAAGAAUAACUUUAAAUUUAAGUAUCCUAAAAAAUUUUGUUCAUUUGAAUAAUUUUUAUUUAAUAAUUUAUUGGGAUGAAGAAGGAGAUACUAUGGAGAACAUUGAAAAAAUAAAAUUAAGAAAAAGUAGAAUUAUGGAGUUAAAUACAAAAAAAGACAUUGAAUUGGAUUAUUAUUUUCUUACACACAAUGAAAAUGAUCUAAAAUAUAAAAUGAAUAAAAAAGAUAAUAUAGUAAAUUUGAAAUUAAAUUUCAAUAGUUGCGUUAUAUUACCAUAUAAUCAUAAUAUAUAUCCUCAUUUAAAUAUCAUACUAUUUCAUAAUGAUAUUCCUCUUUUAGAAUUAGCUGAGAAGAUUUUAAUAAAUGAUAAAACUCCUUUUAAUGAUGGUGUUAAAAUUAAAAAAAAACUAAAAGUUCAUGAGGAUUAUAAACAUAAGGCAUAUAAUUUUCUUCAAGAGAAAUUUAGUCCUUAUAUUGAAUUAUCUUUUUAUAAGCAUCCUAAAAACAGUAAAUUAUUAUCUUAUAGUAAUUAUAGAUUAUAUUAUAAGGAAAAAAUGAAAUGUAACAUAGAUAAUUAUAUUCAUUUAUCAUAUUCAGCUCCCAAAUUUAAUAAAGAGAAUAUAUUUUUUUUAUUUUUUGAUGAUUUUGCAAAUGGAAAUAUGUUUAAUGAAAGUAAAUGUAAUACUCUGGAUUUUUUUAAAAACGAUUUCUUUUUACCAGUCAUAGAGAAUGAAAAAAAAACGUUAGAAAGUUCUAGAAAAAGUGAAAGAGAAAAGAAAAAUAAUGAAAAUAUGCUUUUAGAUAUAAAAGAAAAAAGUAACUCAAAAAAGAAUAAUAAUUAUUUGCCUUUAAUAAAAAAUGACAUAAUUGAUUUUGCUAUAGCAGAAGGACCUGGUUUAAAAGGAGGGGAAAUAAAUAAAUGGCUUUCUUUUAAUGUAUAUACAAAAAAUUAUAAAAAGAAAAACAUUUAUUGUGGUGAGUUUGUUAAUAUAAGAUUACAAGUUGAGCCAUUUGGAUUUUUAAAAUCCGAAUAUGAUAUUUAUCCAUAUAAAAAUAAUGAAGUAAAUAAGAGUACUGUAAAUUGCUAUAAAUGUAAUAAAAAAUUAAUGGGUUCUGAGCAUUUCUGUUUUAAGUUAUUCUAUGAUAUUCAUGAAACAGUAGAUUAUAAAAUAGAAGAUUUAAAAAAUGGAGUAUAUAAUAUUUUAUAUAAAGUCAGUAAAGUAGGAAAAAAAUUUUUAUACAUAUAUUGUGACGGGAUCAAUAUCAUAGGUUCUCCAUAUGAAAUAAAUAUUUUUCAUUCUACCACUGAUCCUAAAUCUUCUAAAAUACUAGGUGAAGGGGCUACUAGGUGUUUAGGUACUCCCAUUAUAAAUAUAGAGAAUUUUUCUUAUAAUGAAAAAUCGAAUUUUUUAAAUGUAAAUAAUUGUGAUAACACAAAUAAUAUAAGUUACAAUAGUAAUAUACAAUCAAAAUUGCUUCAAGAAAAAAUUGAUGAAUUUGAAAGGAUAAAAAUGAAAUUUGAAAACAAAAUAGUAUUAGCUUCAGAUAAUAAGGAAAAGUUUGUUAAUAAAAAUAAUUCAUAUCAAUCAAAUUAUUCUUAUCCAAAUAACAAGGAAGAAAAACAAAUAAUUUUAAAUGAACAGGAAGAGAAAAAGGAAAUAUCAAAUAACUGUAAUGAAAAAAAACACGAGGGAAAACAAAAUGUUUUUAACGAAAUAGAACACAAAAAUAAUGAAAUAAAUAAUAGUAAUAAUAUUCACCCCUUUUCUAUCGAUAAAGAUGAAGAAAAUUCACAUAUAAAUAUGAAUAGUGAGGAAAACCAAAAAACCACAAGUAAUGUACAUGAGGAUAUCUUGUCUGAAAGAAAGAAUUAUGUUCAUAAAGAAAAUUUAAUAUUUAGUAAUCCGGAAUAUUAUGAUGAAAUAAAUGGAAAUAUAAUAAAAUUAGAUAAAAUUAAUAAUGAAAAAUAUAAAAACUUUUUAAGAAAUAUAGAAGUUAUUAAUAACUUUACUGUUGUUUUAUGUGAUCAAUAUGGAGAAAGAGUAAGUAUAGGUAAUGAAAAUAUUAAGGUUAUAGGGAAAAAUGGUGCUUAUAUAAAAAAUGUUAUAGAUAAUAAUGACGGUAGUUACACAAUUGAAUAUAUUAGUUACGUUAAAAAAGAAAAAAAAAAAAAUUUUGGAGAUAUUAAAAAGGAAGAAAUAUUAAACUUUUAUAAUGAAUUUUUAUUUCAAGAAAAUAAAUAUUAUGAUAAUUAUAUAAUCAAAGAAUUUGAAAAAAGAUUCAGUGAUUUACCUAUAUAUUGUGAGAUUAAUGUUUAUGUAAAUGAAGUAGAAAUAUUUGGUUCUCCACUAAAACCAAUAAUUAUGAACAUUCACAACAUAAUAGAGCUUUAUAAUUUAUAUGACCAGUUUACUUAUUCUGGUUUGCUUUUAAAAAAUUUUGAAUAUUUAUUAGAUUCAAAAAAUUAUCAAGCUUGUAUUGAUAAUUUAUGUGAAUUUUAUAAUAAUAUGGUAGACGUAGAAGACAUUCCUUCCUUUAAAAAUCUACUACCAAAUAUAAUACAUGAUAAUAAUAUUGAAAAUGAAAAUUUCUUUUUUAAAAUUCCUUUGAAUAUUUCGGAAUUAAAAAAGGGAGCUUUUAUUGAAAAUAAGCUACCUAUCAAUAAGUUAUCAUGGAAAAAUAUUAAGAAAUAUAAAAAUUUUUAUAAAAGUAAUUUAAAUGAAGAAAAAAAUAUGUAUGUGCAUGAAAAUGAUUUAAAUAAUAAAACUUUUUUAAACAAUGACAAAACAGGGGAUGAUAUAUUAAAUUAUGGUAAAAAUAAUAUAUCAAAUAAAUAUGAAAAUGAUAUAAAAUAUAAAAUAGGAAGUAAUUUGUGUCAUAAUAUAAACUACAAAUUAAUAACUAAUAACACAGAUGAUGAAAAUACGGAUUUUUUAAAUAAAUGGUUAUACAUGUACACUCAUAGAGAGAAACUUUCUAAUUUAAAUAAUAAAUAUGAUUUAGGAAUGAAUUUAGCAUAUUCUUUAAGUAACAUUAUUUUACACCAUCUUAUUUAUUUAAAAAAAUAUAAAUAUUUUGUUAAUUUCAAACAAUACGAAAAUGACUUAUUACAAAAUAAUAUAUUAACUCAAUUCAAGAAAAUACUAGAGGAGGAAUACAAUAAGAUGUUUGCUUAUCAAACAAAUAAUAUUAUAAAAUAUUGCAAUAAGAUUGGAAAUGCAAAGUUCAAUAGUUUAGAAAAUUUAAUAAAAGUAUAUAAAGGUAUAGCUUAUGAACUCAGAAAACUAAAAAAAAACGAAUUAGCAAAUGAUUUUGAUAAAUGUUGUGAAUAUAUGUGUGAAGAAUUAUAUUUAGGUAAUAUUGAAUCAAACUUAAAACGAAAAGAAGCUUUAUUGAAUAAAUAUGAGAAAAUCAUGAAUGAAAAAAUUGAGAAAGUAGAUAAAAUUAAAAAUUCUUUAAAAAAAUAUGAUGAUAAAAAGGUGGAUUUAGAAAAAAUUUCCAAAUUAUGCAUAGUUAAAACGAAUAAAGAAGUUCAAACAAAUGACUAUUUAUCAUACAAAACUGGAUUUUUGAGUUCAUUAAUUGAAUCUAGAAAGGAAACCAAUGAUGACAAUAUCAUUGACAAAAAAAUUGUAAGUUUAGUUAGAAAAAGUUGGAAGAAUUCUUCUACAUAUGAUAUUUACACAACUAUUCCAAAUACUUUAAAAAACUGUCCAAGAUUAAAAAUAGCUUUAGAAGAAACAUUUAAUUAUUAUAGUUGUAGUUUUAGAAAAAAUAGCAAAAUAAGAGAUCUAGAAUUUAAAAAAAUGCAAGAAAUAAAAAAUGUAGAUAAUGUAGAUAAUCUAAAAAAAAUUGAAUUACAAGAAGAAAAUUUUCUAUCUUAUAAUGAUUUGAACGAUUCCUAUUUAACUUAUAAUGCCUAUUUUUCUCUUAUAAAUGAUUUAAAAUGCAAUAAAUAUUUUAUAAAUGAUUUAGACAAUGUUUUAUGGUUAUUUGAAAAAUUCUCAAUAGAACACAGUUCUUUUAAAAAUUUAUAUAAUCCAUAUGGUUUAUUAAGAGUUAUUCCUAAAUAUUUAUUUAUAGCAUUUAUAAGAGAGUUAUCUUAUUUAAAUUUAUUAUAUGUUUUGGCACAACUUGUUGUUGAAAAUAAUGAAAAUUCUAAAUUAUAUUUGACAAUAAAUCAUCCUUCUAGACUAUCAUCAUUUCAUCAUUUCAUUAAAUAUCAUUUCAUUCACUUUUAUGAUAAAUUAUGCAAUCUGGAUAACUUUCAAAAUUUUAAACUAAACUUAAUUGAACUAAAUGAUGUAAUAGAAGAAACAACACAAAAUAAUACCUCUGCUGAUGAUCAUAUAAACUUAUUAGAAUUAGAAAAUUAUUUUAAUAAUGAAUUACCUUUAAUUGUUAAACAUAAAAAUUUUUCAAAAACUUUUCCUUUGCUUUUUGAAUACUACUCUAAAUUAUCUAUGAAUCAGAAUAAAACAUGUGACAAAAGGGAAAUAAACAAUAAAAAGAAAACAAAUGAAAUAAAAAAGAGCGAAACAAAAGAAGACAUGGAUCUAGAUAAAGAAAAGAAAGAAGAUACAGAUGUAGAAACAGAAUCAUAUCAAAAUUCUACUGAUAAUAAAUAUAUAUCUAUUAGUAUUUUUAUAAGAAUUUUAAGGGAAUUUGGUUUAAUACCUCACUUUUUUGAUAAUAAUGUAGUUAAGCAAAUUUUAAAUUCCUCUAUGAAAAAUAAAAAGAAAUUAAAUUAUGAUGAUUUUUCUUAUGCUAUUAUUUUAUCUAUUUGUGAAUGUGUUAAAAAAAAUAUUAUGACACAAUACAAUAUGUUAAGAACAAAUAAAUGCAAAAAUUCAAAAAUUCAAGCAGAGAAAAUUUUAAAUUAUAAUUAUGUAGUAAAUGAAGUAAAAGAAUUAAUAUAUCUUUUCGGUUUUUCAGAUAUUAAUAUUGUUAAAUCUAAAAUAAGCAUUUAA